CUGCGCCCCCGCCUCCCACCUGCCUCCCACCUGCCCGGACCAGGCCAAACAAGUGCCUGCCUUGCAUUGCCUCUCCCUCCUACCUACUUAAACCUCGCCUUCCCUUCACCGAUUCAUCUCCCUCUUCUUCUUACAACAUUCAUCUCCCAACCACAAACCUCCUCGCUUUCGAGUACCAGCGCAUCCAACCAUCUCUCUACCGAUCUACUCUUACAUACCCACCACACGAGCGAAACCGCCAUCAUGCAGAUCUUCGUCAAGACCCUGACGGGAAAGACCAUCACCCUUGAGGUCGAGUCCUCGGAUACUAUCGACAACGUGAAGUCGAAGAUCCAGGAUAAGGAGGGCAUCCCCCCGGACCAGCAGCGUCUGAUCUUCGCUGGAAAGCAGCUCGAGGACGGCCGCACCCUCUCCGACUACAACAUCCAGAAGGAGUCCACUCUCCACCUUGUCCUCCGCCUCCGUGGUGGUAUGCAGAUCUUCGUCAAGACCCUCACCGGCAAGACCAUCACCCUCGAGGUGGAGUCUUCUGACACUAUCGACAAUGUCAAGUCGAAGAUCCAGGAUAAGGAGGGUAUUCCCCCGGACCAGCAGCGCUUGAUCUUUGCUGGCAAGCAGCUUGAGGAUGGCCGCACCCUCUCCGACUACAACAUUCAGAAGGAGUCUACCCUCCACCUCGUCCUCCGCCUUCGUGGUGGUAUGCAGAUCUUUGUCAAGACCCUCACCGGUAAGACUAUCACCCUCGAGGUGGAGUCAUCUGAUACCAUCGACAACGUCAAGUCGAAGAUUCAGGACAAGGAGGGCAUUCCCCCGGAUCAGCAGCGACUCAUCUUCGCCGGAAAGCAGCUUGAGGAUGGUCGAACCCUGUCUGACUACAACAUCCAGAAAGAGUCUACUCUACACCUGGUUCUCCGACUUCGUGGUGGUAUGCAGAUCUUCGUGAAGACCCUGACCGGAAAGACGAUCACUCUUGAGGUCGAGUCCAGCGAUACCAUCGACAAUGUGAAGUCGAAGAUUCAGGACAAGGAGGGCAUUCCCCCCGACCAGCAGCGACUUAUCUUUGCUGGUAAGCAGCUGGAGGAUGGUCGCACCCUGAGCGAUUACAACAUCCAGAAGGAGUCUACCCUUCACCUGGUCCUCCGUCUUCGUGGCGGUCAGUAAGCGAUCCAACAAGGAUGGCUAUGGUUCAUGACGACGCUGGUACGACUGGCAAAUGGCGUUCUGGUUCAGCACAUGGAAUUUGGGUUGGGCAGCUUAUGUCCCAGCAUGAUUGAUAUAUCCGACUAUUAAAUAGUUUCGCACGCAACACGUUUGCUGCUCCCCAAUACAGGCUCUAUUGAAGUCAA